AUGGAGUCGCCCCAAGAGUUGCGCAGAGGUUCCAACACAGCUGAUAAUCGUGGCGGGCGGGUCCAUUCCCUGUACACAGCCCCUAUACUUCAGAGGAGUCCUCCUACCAACCUGGAAAAUAUGCACAGCAGAACGUCGGGAUUUUCUGCGGUUCGUUACACCCAGGACCAAAACAAGACCAUGAAUGGUCUUGACCAAAACAUGCCCAAGGACCAGAACAAGGAGGGCGCUGGGUACCGGCUGCUCAAUAUGCUGAGAAUAACUCUUAAAGGGUCAGAAAUUAAAGAACCGGAAAUAACACCUGAAGUUCCAACUUUGGUACCAUUUGGGGAUGUGGUUGGCUGCAUUGCUAUUCAUAUAAAGAACUGCAGACAUUUCACGCAUAAGAUCAGUUUACAACAUUUCAGUAAUUUGUUCAUUCGCAUCUCUAUAAACAACAUUGUGAAAUGUACAAAAGUAUGUAGCUUGGCAUCCCCAAAUGGUGAAAAGUACACUACAGUUAAUUUUGAUGACACAAAGUACUUUUCUGUACAGGUUCCCAGGCGUCAAGAUGAUGAGCGGAAUAAUAUAUACUUGGAACUAAUGCAAUAUAGAAGUACAGAAAAAUAUCCUCUCUUACUAGGGAGUGUUAAGGUACACCUUUAUGAUGUAAUUCAGAAAGGGUGCUUUAUUGAAGAAUUUGAAAUGUUGCAUAAAAAUCUGCCUAUCUGCAAGGUGGCGGUGGAAUUUAUGUUCUCCUAUGGAAACUUUGGUUAUGGAUUUUCACAUCAGUUAAAACCUCUUCAGAAAAUUAUCGAGCCAUCCAUGUUUAUGAAUAUCGCACCACCUCCAGGAAGGAUAGAUCCUGUAACAAAUGUUAUUACACCACAACCGAUAGAGUAUCCAGCAUUCCUAUCCCCAGACCUGAAUGUUACUGUUGGGACGCCAGCGGUAGUGCCCAGCCAGUCCUCUGUAGUGCGACUUGAAAAACUUCAGCAACAACCUCGGGAAAGGCUGGAAAAAAUGAAAAAAGAAUACAGAAAUCUGAAUACAUGGAUAGAAAAAGCUAACUAUUUAGAAGGAGUUCUUAACCCAAAAAUGGCCCAUCAAGAACUUAAGGAAAUUGAUACCAAGCAGUUACUAAAAAGCCUACGUGAAGCAGAGUCUGAAGUUUUUGAAGCAUCGGAUUUCCCUUUUGUAAUGGAGGAAGCUAAAACUGUUCCAAGUGAGUUGCUGGAUAAUGAUGAUAAGAAAAGCCUGACUCUACCAACUCUGAACCAGUCAAAUCAAGAUAAUUCAAGUGGUGUUGCUUCUGAAAGUGAUCAAUCAACAAAGCAAACAGAUGAGUCAACAAAGCAAACAGAUGAAUCAACAAAGCAAAAUGAACCAACAAAGCAAACUCCAUUGCCUGUUAUUCCUAUCCUGACAAUAACAGACGAGAACCAAACAUCAUCUCUAGAAGAAUACCAAUCAGAAGCUGCACCAGAGUGGGGGGAAAAUAUGUUCUUAACACCAGAUGUAAAAUUGAAAGAUAGAUAUCCAAGGCUUUUAAAAACAGACUCCUCUUCAUCAGAGGUGAUUUUUUCACCAAAGGAAAACGUUAUACCAUAUUUCAGACCAGAAUAUAUAGAAUCCAAACCAAAGUAUCAGUUCCAGAAAUUCAACCUUAAGAAUGGUUUUGAUCCUUUUCUAAGGAAUAUAAGCAAAAAAACAUCAGUCAGUAAAAGGAAAGACCAAGAUAUGUCCAAAUAUAGAAACACUUCAAGUGCAGAGAUUAUAGAGCAUGAAGACCAAGAUCCUCCUUACCCAACAUACUCAAAAACUGCAACACCUACUAAUAAAACCUGGCCCUGUGAUCCUGCCUGUGAUCCUGAUUUCAUCACAGUAAAGACUUUAGACACUAAGAAUAAUUUAGCCUGUGAUCCUAACAUGACCACAAUAAAGACUUUAGAUACUAAGAAUAAGUUAAAAGAAAGACUACCAAAUGUAUCUCUACCUAAUUUUGAAGGAGAAUCAUCAGUGACUGGAAAUGUGAAUACAUAUCGCCUCUCAAAAUCAUUAAGUCUUACGCCCCACCUAGAAAAUUUAAAGCAAUCAAUGGUGCUCAAGUCAGUUUUAAGUAAAAAUCUGCAAGACCUAGCAGAUAAAUUAUUUUCUGAACCAGAGAUUCCUAUGGAUCCUGAAGCAAGAAAGAAAAAUCAUAGUUCUCCACUUCUGAGUAUUCAUGAUGGAUCACAAAGUAGUUUGGAAAGUAAAAUAUUUGAAAAAGUCCAAGAUUCAAAUAUCUGUCUUCCAGAAAAAGACAUGGCACAUUCAAAAUCUCUUUUAAGACAAGUAACUAAAGAUAUUCUUGCAGAUUUACUUGAAAGUGGACCAUCACUUGAAGAUGGACCAAGAAAUUCUCCAGAGGUAGAAAGAGCACGUGUUUCACCUCCAGAGGUAGAAAGAGCACGUGUUUCACCUCCAGGUGAUAAACACCUGGAAGCUGAUGAGAUCAAUUUUCCACUUACAAAAAAUCUCCAGAAGAAGCAUUCAAAAAUUGAAGUGUCUAGAUCCAAACCAGGUGUAAGUGACAUUGCACAUGAUUAUGUUAUAAAGCAAAUAUUCACAGCACCUAUCUUCUCAGAGUUGGAAGUAGGAGAGAAAGAAUCAAGUGAGACACCAGUAAAUUUGCAGAAUCAAUUACCCACAGCUUGGGAGAACUUAUCUUCAAAUAUUCUACUUCAUUAUGAAGAAGAUGAUGAUGAAAUAGAAUUGCCACAGGCCAAAUCUGUAAUAAGCCAGAUAAUACAAGCAUUUCCUGUAGAUACUCUUUUAGAAUCUGGGAUAAUCAAAGUGAUAGAGUUAGAUAAAGAAUAUCAGAAGGGUUCUGUACAGGAUACAGAGACAGUCUUUGCUGAAGAAGAACCAAAGUAUUCCACAGAGGAUUAUUCAGAAACCCAAAGAGGAGCAGAAUCUCUUUCAGAGAAGAAUACACUCCUCAUUCCCAAAAAUAACACUUCUUUUAAUAGCAAUGAAUAUAUGGAUGAAGGUCAAAAUAUAUCCCUACAAGAUUCAAAAUAUCAGUCAACACCAGAUAAAAAAACAGAUACGCCAAAUAAUAGUCAGAGGUUGAAUAGAGAAGAAAAUGAUCUAAAUUCUGCUUUAGAAAAUUUAAGUAACUCAUUAAUGGGUAAACUUAAUGACUCAGAUGUAAUAAUGUUAAAAUCCUUUUUAAAACAUAUGUUUAAAAUUUUUUUCAAAUAUAAUCAGUCUGAAAGAAGACAACCAGGGAAAGAAUUAGAAAGACUAAUUCAGCAUCCUUUUCCAAAUAACACAGAAGAUCUGGAAGAAAUUAGAGAGAAUUUUGAUAAAAUAGAUAAAUUAGACAGAAAACCUAUGUUGAGUCCAAAGCUGUGUGUAUUUUUAGAAGAACUCUCGGAGUCAGAAGUUAAAAAUUUAAAAUCUGAACUAAGUAAACAUAUCCAACAUUACCUUGUAGAAAGACUUUCAGAAUCUGGACAUAUCACCAAAGAAGACUUACCAAAAAUCUACCAAAAUCUGUAUUUGAUGAAUGAGAAAGUGGAACCAAAAGGGCAAAAUAUUUUUCUGGAAAAAUAUUCAGAAACUAUAAAAGAAAUCAUGUCUUUUGUAAAUAAUUUUAAUCAUCAUUUCAUAGAUAAACAUUUGGAAAUAAAGCUAAGAUCUUUCUUAAAUGAAAUUCUCCAAAACUAUUUCCUAAAAAACCUUUCAGAAAGCAGUUUAUUUAGAGAGACAGAAUCUGAGACUGUCAACUCAAACAUGUCUUCUCUAAGAACUAAAAGUGCCUCUAUAUCAUUUCAUGAGUUAGGACAAGAUAUUUCAAGGGGGAGUUUUGGGAAAAGACUUGACUUAAACAUGAAAUACCCUUUAAAUAAAUCUCUACAAAACUAUCUUACAGGUUUAUCAGAAAAUGAACUAUUAAAUCUAAAAGCUGAUUUAAGCAAACACUUCCAGAGCCUUUUUAUAGAAAGACUUUCAAAAUCAGGACUAAUCACAGAAAGACAAUUGGAAGGGCUCAACCAGCGUAUAAAUUUGAUCAAUUCUAGUUCCAUACCAUUAAAAUGUAUAAAGCCAGAUUUAUCGUCUAGAAAUGAAAAUCAAUUUAUGGAGGAGAAUUCAGAAAAGAAAAAUAAAUAUUUAAAAAUUAUUCAAAAAACUACUCUACAAAAAGUUCCUGAGGGGAGACUUGUAGAAACAGAACUAACCAAAAAGAAAGAAAAGGAAUAUUUUUCCUUACAGAAUAUUGAGGAAAAUCCAUCAAUAAUUGGGGAACAGAAAAGAUACUAUCCUGAAGAAGGAGCCAAACCUCUGAGAUUAAUUAAAGUCCAACCUUCUUUCAUCAGAAAUACCCAAGUAAUUCCAUUAAAUAAGUCAUCAGAAAGACUUACAGAUAAAGUGCUUAAGAAACAAAGGAAAGAACAUGGUUUCAUGCAGCUUCCUCGAGCAGAAAAUUAUUAUUUUAAAACAGAAAUUCAAGACUCACAUGGUUGGAGUGGUAAAUCAAAAGCAACUCAGUCAAAUAUUUGCCUUGAAAGGACACUAAAAAUGAAGUCCCUUGAAAAAAGGGAGCAUAAUCUCUAUAAACUGAUGGCACAGGAAAAACCAGAAGCAGUACUGUCUUCAUAUCCAAGAAUUCCCAAUUACGAAAUGUCAAGUGAAAAUGAAGAAUAUAUAUACAAAUACACUUUUCCUUCCAGGCAGAAUAACAUUUUAAGUUAUUUCAGUUUAGAGGUUGGGGAGAAAUCAAAGCUAGAAGACCAGUAUAUUCAGAGGUUGAAAGGAAAUAAUAAUAAUAAUAAAAAACAUCUAGUAACAUUGGCACAAUACAAAAAAUUACAUACUCUUUCUGUACAGACAAAUGGAAUUUGUAAUGAAAAGCAUGCCAAGUUCCCUGAAUCACAGCCGUUUAAAUACAAAGGUGUGGAUGCUGAGAAAAAUUCAAAACCAUCCCUCUUCCCAGAAGUAUUAAAGAGAGAAAAUCUAAAGCCCAAGGUCCGAAAAGAAAGAGACCAUGGCAACAAACAAAAAAAGUCCUUCAGCAAGAUGGUUAAGAUACUACCAGCCUCACUGCCCUCUGCGAGAAUUCUAAGGAAAUCUGUUCCAAGGACAUUGCUUCACUGGACCGCGAGAACAACUAUACAUGAUUGUUCAGAUAGAUUUGAGGAUAUACCUGUGACCUCAUUUAAGCAUGCUGAGCAAGCAAAAUCAAGAACAAGGCUUUUAGGAAAAAGCCCGGAUGAUAACCAUAAUCAGUUAAAACACUUUGCAAGACCAAAUACCGCUCCAGAGGUUCACAAACGGCGAGAGAGCUACAACGGAAAAUUAACAAGUCCUCGAAUUAUUUCAGCAGGCUUAGUUCACAUAAAUGAUGCAAUCCCAGAUUAUGAAAUCCAGAAAAUGAGGCAAAAAAAGAAAUUAAAAGAGAAUAUUGAAAAGUGUUCGCUCAUUUGUGAUAUUAUACAAAUGUUAAAAGUUCAGAAUAAUAUGUAA